AUUUUAAUUCUAAUAAUGGCCACUUGCUUGAAGGCUGAUGUGCAGGAUUUUGAGAGCAUUUGGGGGUUGAUCCAGGAGUCUGGAGAUCAAACUGAUAGAUGGGUCAGCAAGGAAGACCUAAAAGUCCUUGCAUUUGGUGAGAAGGAUGAGCAACUGUGUGAUUAUUUUGUAGCAAAGAAUGAAGGAAGAGUUGUAGCUGUAGCGGCCAUCUUUUAUCUAUAUUCUACUUGGGUUGGUAAAGCAAUAUGUGCAGAUGAAUUUCUAACUAACUCAGGAGAAGAAGCACAAGAUGCAGUACUGAAAGAAUUAUUUAAAACAGUAUUGGAAAGAGACUGCCAUCGUCUGAGACUAACUUUAAAUAGAAGUGACACUGCAUUGCUUCAAAGGUAUGCAGAAUGGGGAGGGAAAAUAGAAACGGAGUGGCUAACAGUUAGACUGCCAAAGAAUGGUCUGGAUCAGUUUGCUAAAGAAGCUUCUAAACUAAAUAAACAUUAUCAUAUAAGACUUGCUACAAAGGAUGAUGUACAGAGUAUAUUGUAUCUCAUACAGUGUUUGGCUGAAUAUGAAAAUGACCCUAAUGCUGUACAAACUGAUGAAGAAAUAUUGAAGGAAGAUGGGUAUGGAAAGGAGUCAUACUAUCAAUGCUUUGUUGCUGAAACAGAUUUACUUGAUGAGAAAGUGGUACAAACAGGUACACUUUCUGCUAAAAUGAUACACAAUCCAAGAAUUAUUGGCUUUGCCCUGCAUCAUAUUAUGUAUUGUAAGAAAAAAGGAAAAGUAAUGCAUUUGGAAGAUCUCUUUGUCCGACAAGAGCACAGAAAGCGUGGAGUUGGAACAGAACUAAUGAGAGAAUGUGCCAAAGCUGGAGUUCUCUUAGGCUGUAAAGAAAUGGAUUGGCAAGUACUGGAUUGGAAUACGAAAGCAAUUCAACUUUAUGAGAGAUUAGGAGGAGUUUUGGACAAAAAAUCUAUUUUUGUACAAUUCAAGGAAGACUGCAUGAGAAAUAUCUUGCAGUGAAAAUAUCAAGUUACUUUAUUAGAAAA